AUGGCAGCUUUAUCCCAUGAUCAUGACAGACCAGACCUUGAGUCCAUAAGGGCAAUUGUAGAUUCGAUCAAUGAGUUUAUUAGUGGAUUCUUGGCAAAUGUUGAGUCUUGGAAUUCUUUGAAAUCACAAUGUAUUUCCAAGCUAAAUAUAACUCACAAACAGGAGUUCUUUGAAUUCUCUGAGCACAGAGUCCUCUCAAAUCUUUACUGGGGAAUUGAAAGCAUUGAAGCUGCAAUACAAGCAAAAUGUCCAGAAGGGAAAACUAGAGAGCUCAGGAACUUAGAAAGGUUGCUCCAGGUUCUGGCAUUGCUUGAUGAACAUGCGGCUACAGCAGGAAUUCAAAACCAGUUCUUGGUUUGCUGCUCAUACUUCUAUCUAUCAGUGGUUAAAAAGCUACAAAAUGAUGAGUUGCAGGUUGCACUACAUUAUUUACAUCCAAUGUUGGUCUCCCCUAGACUUGUCCGAACAGAAUUUGCACUGGAGUUUUGCCGAACUCUCUUUCCUCCAAGCACCAAAUCCAAAAUAAAGGAUGAAUCUGCCUGGGAUUUUAGUGAGGACAAUACUGAUGAGGCAAUCCGACACAUUGCAAGGAGGUACAAACACUGGUUAAUGUACUAUCAGAUCAUGUUGUGUGGAGAGACUUCUCAAUGGCACUGCAGAAGCAGAAAUACUUCACACCCUGAUGAUGAAUCACAACAUUUAUUGCAUGUGGUGAAGGGCAGCAGUGAUCUUUCGAGCUCAAUUAAGCAUGAACACUGCUUGCAUAAUUAUCAUAAGUAUGAGAUGGUGCGUCCGCUUGAUCUUCAAGAAAUUAGAAUUGAAGGUACAGCAGGUGAACCUAUGUCAAGUGGUGAUAUUCAAAAAUUUCAAUAUUAUAGCAAAAAUCUUAAGCAUUUGGAUCGAGUUCCAAAGGUCAACAUCAAGCAACUUCAGGAAAUACUGAUGGAAGGAGAAUCAGAUUCACCAACUUCAGAAGAAGCCAGUGAACUAAAUUUAAAUGACUUUUCUGGAAGAUUCUUAAGUUGUAUCAGUGAUUUCGAUCUACGUGUCUUGGAGUUCAGAGAUAAAAGAUCAGACAUCCAGUGGAAUUCCCAAUCCCAUGCAGCAAACUCAGCUCAGAGGCUGCACAAUGCCCAAAUAGAUCAACACGGAAGAAGUAUAAAAAAGAUUCCAGGAGAUAUUGAGAAAGCAAUUUCAAAAAUAUGUUUCUCUGAAGGUUUAGCAAAGUUUGAGGAAGAUUAUGCUGGAGAAGUGUCGACCGUUUACGAAAUGCUUAACAAUAAAAGAGGAGUAAAAGUCAUAAGGGCAUCGGUUUCUAUACUUACAACUAUCAUAUCGACAAAUAAGUCUGCUAUAGAGGACAUCAAGAAGAAAGGUUUGAGGCUGUGUGAUUUGGCAACUGCUUUGAAGCGAAAUGUGCAUGAGGCAGCCAUUCUUAUACAUUUGAUAAAUUCAUCUCCAACAGAAAUGAAGACAUUGGAACUCUUACCGACGUUGGUUGAGGUUGUGUGCUCUUCAAAAAGUUACAAGGAAAAACCAGCGACACCUUUGCUGACACCUCAUACGGCAUCGUUGAUGAUUAUUGAAGUCUCGGUCACUGCAUUUGACUGUGCUACUAAUAGCAUGCACUUGGCUGCAAUCAAUUCUCCCUGUGUUCUUUGUGAACUCCUCAAUGUUGCUGGAAAUAAGUAUCAGGAAGGAUAUGCCUCUUUGGCCAAUGUUCUAGUAAAAUGCAUGCAUAAUGAGAAGCGUGCUAAGUUUGCAGCGCUUGAGUUUUUCCAUGAACUCCUUCGCAUGCCAAGGUAUGAGUUUCAGUUUGAUUACUUACAUAAUAUGAAAACCAGCAAUGAGCUUAUUGCAGCAAAUACGAACAGAAGGAAGCACCAAAAUUAUGGAGUACUGGUUUAUUGUGUCCGAGAACUUCAACCUGAUUACCAACUUUUAGCAGCAAAUUUGUUGCUUCAAUUAGACACAUUGGAAAACUCUUCUGGUAAAAGUUCAGUCAAAGACGAUGCUAUACAGAUCAUCCUCAAAUUAAUGGAUUCUAGAAUAAGCUCUCCUACACAAGAGUUAUCUACUUUCAUUCUAGCAAACCUUGGAGGAACUUAUGCUUGGACAGGGGAGUCUUACACUGUGGCAUGGCUGGUAAAAAAGGCAGGCUUGACCUCCUUGUGUCACCAGAAUAUGAUUAGAAACUUUGUGACUGGUUGGAUCAAAACCUGCAGGUGA